CGCAGCUUCCUGUUCUCAUACUCAGUAUCUGGUGGAGGAGACAUGCUGUGAAAUGUGUAAGCCUGGAUAUUACGUGUUUAGAGACUGCACUACAAACACUGAAACUGAAUGUGUAGAAUGCCCCACAACUACCUACACUGACGCACACCACGGGAAUGGCUUAUGCUUAAACUGUUCAGGAUGCGACUCCACUAAAGGUCUGAGAGUGAAGAGAACAUGUACCAGCACCUCAGACACACUCUGUGAGCCUCUGGAAGGACACUACUGUACUGACCCAAUCAAAGAUGGCUGCCAAAGAGCUGUGAAACACACAAAGUGCAAACCAGGACAAUACAUCAAACAACCAGGUUAG